GGCGGCCGGGGCCCGCCGGGUGGGAGGUGACUGCGGAGAUGGGGUGAAGGGGGUGGUUCCGAGGCGUCGGCGUCCCGCGGGCCCGCGGAAGUCAGGCCGCCGAGAGGCGGGCCUCGGGCCGGAAGCCGGAAGGAGGACGCCGCCGCCCCGUCGCACGGCAGGUCCGUGGAGCCGUCGGUGCCGAGGGCGGCAUGGAGAAGCUGCGGCUCCUGGGCCUCCGCUACCAGGAGUACGUGACUCGUCACCCGGCCGCCACGGCCCAGCUGGAGACGGCGGUGCGGGGCUUCAGUUACCUGCUGGCAGGUCGCUUCGCCGAUUCGCAUGAGUUGUCGGAGCUGGUGUACUCUGCCUCCAACCUGCUCGUCCUGCUCAAUGAUGGCAUCCUGAGGAAGGAGCUCCGCAAGAAGUUGCCUGGGUCACUGACACAGCAGAAGCUCCUGACAUGGCUGAGCGUGCUGGAGUGCGUGGAGGUGUUCAUGGAGAUGGGGGCUGCAAAGGUGUGGGGCGAAGUGGGACGAUGGCUGGUCAUUGCCCUCAUCCAGCUGGCCAAUCCUGCAUUCCCUCCCCAACCCAGAGCUGUCCUGCGGAUGUUCAUGCUGAUCUGGUUCAAGUCCGGCCUCCAGACCUCACCCCCCAUCAUCCCACUGGACAGAGAGGCCCAGGCCCAGGCCCCAGAUGGUGACCACAGCCCUGGCAGCCAGGAGCAGGCAUACGUUGGGAAGCGGUCAAACCGAGUUGUGCGAACCCUCCAGAACACUCCGUCCCUGCAUUCAAGACACUGGGGAUCCCCCCAGCAGCUGCAGGAACGGCGGCAGCAACAGCAGCCCGAGGAGCCGAGCACCCCGCCCACCCCGCUGGGGCUGCGGGAGACUGUCGCCGAGUCCUUGUACAUCGCCCGGCCCCUGCUGCACCUGCUCAGCCUGGGCUUGUGGGGUCAGCGGUCGUGGGCGCCCUGGCUGCUCUCGGGAGUUGUAGAUGUGACCAGCCUCAGCCUCCUGAGUGACAGGAAGGGUCUGAGCCGGCGGGAGCGGCUGGAGCUGCGGCGGCGGACCAUCCUGCUGCUCUACUACCUGCUGCGUUCCCCGUUCUAUGACCGCUUCUCCGAGGCCAAGAUCCUCUUCCUGCUUCAGCUGCUGACCGACCACGUCCCUGGCAUCGGCCUGGUAGCAAGGCCACUCAUGGAGUACUUGCCCACCUGGCAGAAAAUCUACUUUUACAGCUGGGGCUGACAGGUUCCGGGGCAGCGACGGCCAAGGGCGGCCUGCACUGCUGCUCCCGGCCAGGGGUGCCCUGGGGCCCUCUUCCCUAAUAAAACUGACUGGCUCUGUCCAAGCAUGUGGCCUCUCUGUGCCCACUGCCCAAGGCUCCAGGCCCCUCCCGCGGCCAGCCUCUGCACACAUGCCCACUCACCAGCAGCACUGCCAGCCCCUGCUAACCCCAUCCUGCGCUGUGGAGAUGGGGUCACUGGUGGCAGCCACAGGAGUCAGCAAACUUCUCUCGUUGCUCCCUGCUGAUGGACGGGCUGAGCCGGGGUGAUGGAGGACGAUAGCCCAGCCUGCUUUGUGGCCUGGGCCUGUGCCUGCCCCAGCCUCUGCAGGGCCCAGCUGCCCUGAGGUGGUGCAACCCAGCUCCAGGGCAUUGACUGUAAGCCCGGAGUCCCCAGUUGUGAGUAAAAGGGUCUCCCUGCCCCUAGGGAAGGGGUGACCGGGUUCAACAUGGAGGAGAGGGGAACCCGAAAGGCUCUGAGACAAAGUGGGGUGCACAAUUGGGGCUUGUGCAACUCAGGGACUCCCGAGUGCCACACCUGCCUGGAUCUGUGCCAGCCUCUGCAAGAGGACAGUCCAGGACUGUGGGCCAGAGGCCUGAGGUGGCUGGUGGGCUGCCCCGACAUCCUGGAGGGCUUUGGCUGUACUUCUGUUCCCUGGGCCUCACCUCUUUCCAAGGGUCCUGGGCCAAAGAAUGAACACAGGGACCUCAGGCCAGGGCCAAGGGCAAACUGGCUGUCUGGAGCAGGGCUCUCGUGACCUUCAGCUUCGUUAAGUAGUGCUCUGGUCUCUUGCUCCAUCCAGGCCCUGUGCCAUGUGCUGUGGGUCAGGAGUGAGCAAGGCCUGGCUCCUUGCCCCCAAGCUCUCCCAACUGCAUGGUGACACCUGCACACAGGCCCUGGGGCUGCCAUAGUCUCCCAGGUGUGUGGAAAGCCAUCUAGCUGGGGUGGGCAAGCUAGGCUGCCAGCCUCCUGCAUUGAUGCCAGGAGGUGAGUGGAACUCCUUCGUAGGCCCAGAUUUGUGGGUAGUGCCAGGCAGCCAGGGUUGAUUGCUGUGCUCAGGGAACAGCAAAUAGCUUGGUGUGGGGGCCUAUGGAUGGAGAGGAAGGCCAAACUCGGGCAAGCAAUCACCUGGCCUGCAGGGGGCGCCCAAGAACUCAUGGAAUGUAUCUUCGGGGGGGGAAAAAACCAUGCAUGGAUCUCAAAAAAUUUCUGAACCAAAAUAAACAUCUUUUAAUUCCA